UGUUGACAGCGUCGCGACGCUUCGCUUCCGCUGCUACUGCGCUGCCGGUUUAUUUUGCUUUUUAGAGCGUACAUCGUGUGGAAAAAAUGUUAGUUGUUCUUUGGAAGUGCGCUCGAGAAGUCCAACGUUGGAGCGAGUUGCUCUGCAAAUAGAAAAGAAAAAUCUGAGAAAGUGUUAAAAAGAACUUAAGCAAACAAAGUGAAUAAGCUUACAACAUUUGCAUGUGUAUAAUCACUAAUUAAAAGCAAAUACAAACAAUUACAAAAAGACUACAGUAAAAGAAAAAGAAAAAAAAUAGCAAAAUGCCGGUCGAUAUUUGCAGUCAACAGCACAGCUUGAUUAAGCCAAUAAGCGCAACAACAGAUACCUCUUCUUUGUCGCUUAACCCACUCUCCUUGUCGUCUGCCUUGCCGCCGGCAGAUCCCGAACAUCAUCAUCACGAUCAUCACGAAAACACGCACAAUAUGAACAAACUGUGCCGUCAAGUGUCAAUUGAGUCACCCGGACCGGGUAACAAGAACUGUGUUUUUAACUUUUUCGUGCCCAUUGAGGAUACACCGGCACAAGGCGCCCGCAUCAAGAUUGUGUGCGCCGGCGCCUGCUAUCGUCGCCGGGAUCGAUCCAAUUCGAUAACCAGCAUGUCAUCCGUUUCAUCGGAAUUGAGUGAUUAUUGUCCGUCGGUGACAUCGAUCUCAUCGGUAUCAUCGUCCGCUUUUCGCGAGGGAUCCUUCUUUCCGGGCUUCGAGGUGGCUGGCGUCAUUGAGUCACUCGGCUCGGAGAUUACAGAGGCAAACAACUGUGGCCUGCGCAUUGGACAGCGUGUCAUUGUGUAUCCAUUCGAUGAGACUCCCGCCGGCUAUGCUGAGCUGAUGGUGGUGCCCGAUCUGACGCAUAUUGUGCCCAUACCGGACAACCUGCCCAUGGAGGAGGCAGCGAUGCUGCCCACCGGCGCACUGCUCGCAAUGAAUGCCGUCUUUCAGGCACAGACUGUCGUCACACAGAUCCUCAAACAGCGUGCUGCUACUGAUCCCGAGAAGAAGUGCCGCAUUUUAAUAGUUGGCACUGGUGGUCUGGCCCUCUGGGCAGUUCGCAUAGCAUCCUAUCACUUUGCAUCACACAAUGUGGAGAUUACAGUGGCGAGUCUCCGGGACGAAGGUUUUCGUCUAGCUACAGAGAUCAAGAAUGUUAACGUUGUGCAGUGGAAUGAGGGUCUGUACGAGGCCCAGUUGAUUGAGCGCACCAGGGAUGUGUGCGGAGGUUCGAUUGAUGUUGUUAUUGAUUUUGGCACAACGUCUCGCAGCCUGCAUCGCUCAAUGCACUGCCUAUCCAAAGGCGGUGUCAUACUUAUCAGCGAGGAGGUGGCCGAGAAGCUUUUGCCGAAAUUCUCCCGGCUUACCAAUGAGUAUAAGCAGGAGAUUGUACCAAUAUCGAAUGGAACGGUGGAGCAGCUGGCGCAACUGGUGCAAUUGGUGGCAGACAAAAAGAUUGAGCCGCCACCAUAUUCUGUAUUCCCAUGCGAGCAGGCCGCCGAGGUCAUACAGAAGCUGUGCAACUCCGAGAUACCCGGACGUGCCAUUCUCCGUUUCCACGAAAUUGAAUAGAUAACCGGAUAACAGUUGGCAACUCUCUAUGCAUUAACUCAUCUUAUAUGAAUAUCUGUUAGCUUUACUCUCACAAAAAAAGGAAAAAAACACUUGCACUUAGUGUUCUCCAAUAACCCCACCCACUCCCCCCUUCAACUAUGAAUAUGUGCUUAAUAUUUGUAGAAAGCAUUGAUUUUGUACUCUCUGAGUUUAGUCUGCAAGCAGCUUUCAAUAAGUUUUAUACGUUGUCCGUUGGAAGCAGCCAGUGAUUUAUUUCAUUUAUUUAGUAAUUUGUAAGCAUUUUUAGUAUUAUAUUUUGUAUGUAUAUAUGGAUUGUGAUUGAUUUUAAUUUAAGCAACACACACAAACAAAUUUUACGACUUGAUUUGCGUACUUAUAUUACUCACAAACAUAAAUAGACCCUACACCCAAUAACAACAAAAACAAGUCAUUUAUAAUAUGCUUCAUUGUCGGUUUUAUUUGAUUGGACAGAAAAUCACAGGCCAUAAAAUAGAAACGAAAAAUAAAAUUAUAAAAACGUUCAUAAUAAAUGUUAAAUAUAUAAAAGAAUUGAAAACUAACAAAAAAAAUUGUAUGCAUGCAAUGCAAAAUGUUUGAUUCGAUUUGCUUGACAUUUGUACUCAUUACGUACUCAACAAAAAACCAAAAACAAACAAAACAAUAUUACUCUUCUACCACUAAUCAGAAAUAAAAGCAUAUGCAUACCAAUACCAA